AUGGAUAAUAAUAAUAAUUUUUGUUUAGAUCAUCCAAAUCAAAAUUUAUUAUUUAUUUGUGUGCAGUGUAAUCAUGCAUUAUGUUGUAGUAAAUGUGUAACUCUUAAAGAUUUUCAUUUAACUCAUUUAAUUAUUGAAUUAAAUGAAGAGAAUUCAAAAUCAAUAAUUAAUCAAUUCAAUCAACAAACAAUUCCAAAAUUAAAUGAAUAUUUAAAAUUUAAUGAAUCAUUAAUUCAAAAAAAUGAUUUAAAAUUCAAAGAUUCUGAAAAUCAAUACAACUCAGAAUUACAAUCACUUUUAAAUGAUUUUUCAAAUUUACAAAAUAUUUUAAAAAUAAUUGAAAAUGAUUUUAAAAAUAGUUUAAUUUCAAAAUUUAAUGAAUCAACUGAAAUUUAUAAAAAUUUUAAUUCAAAUUUAAUUGAAAAUUAUAAAAUAAUAUCAACAAUUUUAUCAAACAACGACAAUAAUAAUAAUAAUAUUAAUAAUAAUAAUAAUAAUAUUCAAAUUCUUAGAGAUAAUUAUAAUUCACAAAAAAUCAUUUCAAAUUAUUAUAAUAUUAAAUUACCAAAUUAUAAAUCUGAUCAUUCUUAUCAUUAUACAUUUGAAUUAAUCAAACAUUCCUUUGCUUCAAUUAUACAAAAAAAACAACAACAACAACAACAACAACAACAACAACAACAACAACAACAACAACAACAACAACAACAACAACAACAACAACAACAACAACAACAAGUCCCACCACAAAUUCCUCAACAACAACAACAACAGGUCCCACCACAAAUUCAUCAACAAACACAAAUCCAACAAAUUCAAGAAAAAGAACAACAAAAAAUAGAAAUUAUUAAUAAUAAUAAAAAAUCAAUGUUAGAAUGGGGUAAAUUAAAAUUUGAAAUUUAUAAAGAUGGUUGUGAAAUACCAAAUGGUGUUAUAAAUCUUGCAAUUGGUGAGGGUGAAAAGUUACCAAAAAUAAUACCAUCAAGUGUAUGGUGUUUAUUAUUAACAGAUGGUUUUAAUGAUUCAUUAGAUUCAUUACCAUCUACAAUUAAAUAUUUAAUAAUUUUCGAUAUCAAAUUACAAUUGGUUCAAGGUACAAUUCCAAAUUUUAUUACAAGUAUUGAUUUUUGUGAAGGUUUUAAUCAAAGAAUUUCAAAAGGUGUAAUACCAGAUUCCGUUGAAACUUUAUGUCUUGGUAAUAUCAUUCAACCAAUCGAUUUCAUUCCAAAUUCUGUACUCCGUGUUUAUAAUACUACUUCUUUUAAACAUUCAUUACAUGGUGUGUUACCAAAUAGUUUAAUAUCAAAAGAAGGUCGUGAUUAUGGAAAAUAUAAAUUUGUUUAA